CUGGCACAUCGGACUUAUCACCAUGGUGUUCGUUCAAUUCUAAACUCGGGAGUGACUCUGAAUCAAUGUCCUAAUUGUUGUUCGGUCUUUCGGGACAUCCAGCCUACCCAGCAUCAUUGUAAACGGGCCUAUGCUAAUGGACGAUGCCAACUCGGCAGGGCUCACAUGUCUUGGGAGCUCCAGGUGCCCGAUGUCCUGCAGUGCAGAAUAUGUGAUGUAGCGGCUUUUGGCCCAGUGAACGAAUUACACGCACACUUGCGCCAUGAACACCUUCCUCAACCGCUCCCGCGACUUGCGUUGCCUCAGCCCGCUCACCCUCGGCGGGCAGCACAUGCCGGCAGUGCUGCCGCCCAGCGGGGCAGGAGCAGCCCAGCCCACCCGCGUCCGCCAGGUGCGCCCGCGCCAGGCCGAGGACGACAAGCGUGCCGAUGCGCUGAAGAAGGUCGAGCAUUGGCAGACGGGCCAGAGGCAACUCUUCGGGAUGAUGAUGCGCCAAACCCUCCGCAACUCCCGGCACAUGCGCGAGGUGAUGGCGGCGCUCUUCGACGUAUGCCCCACCCCGACGACUCUCCGCCCCUCCUGGCGAUGCAGGAGCAGAUUUCAAUGUACAGCGAGCCGGUGAAUG